AUGAAUUUUAGCAAUGAAGACCCGUGGAAGGGGCUUGAAACAAUAGGAUCACCUAAUGAUGCGUGGGCCAAUAUGAAUAGAGUUUCUGAUGAUUCAUCGGGCCAAAUAGCAGUUCCAGGGCGACGGGUUGAUGCGGUUUCAUCCAUAACGUUGAUUGAUUCUUCUCUUUCUGCAGAGGUUAAGGAGACUAUACGUAAUAAUUAUCGUGAUCGUAAUUUAUAUGAGACAGAUAGCAGUGGGUUAGAGCAGCAAGUUUGGGGUCCGCCCACAGAAGUAGGUAAAGCAAUGAAUGUGUCGGUACUUGAUAAAAUCGAUGUACCUAGUGGGGCGGGUGAGGGGAUACUGCAAGAGGCAAGGAGUGAGGAGUUAUCUAACUGGAUUGAUAAUCUGAGGAAGACUUACAACCCUUUAUCUAGUGAUAUUGUUGUUGUUGAGGAGAUUCUGGAGCGCGAGGGGCUGCUUUUUAAGCACACUAAUUAUUUGGUGAAACAUCUGAUUGCUCUUCCAAACACUACACCAUCUUCGAAUCGUACAGUAAUUCGAAGGUACUCUGACUUCAAUUGGUUACAAGAGGUUUUAUUGAAAAAAUAUCCAUUUAGAAUGAUUCCUGAGUUGCCUCCUAAGAAGAUUGGGGCUCAGAAUGCGGACCCUAUAUUUCUAGUGAGGAGAAGGAAAGGAUUGAGUCGGUUUAUUAAUCUCGUUAUGAAACAUCCAGUCUUGAGUUUUGACGAUUUGGUAUUGACCUUUUUGACGGUGCCCACGGAUUUGGGCAGUUGGAGGAAGCAGGCGAACUACGACACCACCGAAGAGUUUACUGAUCAAAAGAUCGACAAAGCGUUCAUAAAUAUGUGGCAAAAGGAAUUAGGUAAUCAGUGGAAUGAAGCUGAUGUGAAGAUUGAUGCAUUGCUGGAGUCAUGGAUAAAGAUAUCAGUUUUGGUUGAUCGGUACGAAAGAAGAAUGAAACAAAUUUCCGACGAACGCAGAUUAUUGGGAUCUGUAAUGGAAGAGUUCGCUGCCAGCACUGAUGCAUUAUAUCCCUUGGAUGAAAGCAGUAUCCAGGGCGUCAAUUCGCAUAUCAAGAUAAUCUCAAACCAUUUGAAUCAGUUGGCGGAUAUUUCAAAGAAAGAGUUGAAUGAAGUUGAUGAGCGGUUAUCUGUCAAGUUUAAGACGUUCAUCGAUAUAAUCAUCUCCUUAAGGGGCGUGUUUGAACGCUAUAAGAUAAUGGCAGGCAAUAAUAUCCCCCAACUACAAAGAAAAUUAGAAAUUAAUAUGGAGAAGUUACAAACCUUGAGUAACAAGCCAGAUGUAAAGGGCGCUGAAUAUGAAAGGAUUAAGCAGAUAGUUCAAAGAGAUAAAAGAACCAUUGCAGAACAGGUGAAUAGGUCGUGGCUAAUCAGAAAAGGUAUUUUAGAAGAGUUUACUAUCUUUCAAGAAACACAAUUUUUUGUGACACAUAUAUUUCAAGAGUGGGCUAGGAUGCACGUUGGGUUUAGUAAUGAGAAUUCUGAAUGCUGGGAGAAGUUGUACACGAAUUUAGAAGAUAUGCCACUGAGUAGGAACUGA